GAGCUGUUAGAUAUCAUCUUUCAGUACUUUGUGACAUCGUGAGUCGCAAAGAUGGAUUCAGUAGGUCUGUUUUAUGGACUAAUGUGUUCCUUGAUAUUUCUUCCUAAACAAGUUAGGUGUAAAGAGGAAAGAAUCACCAAAAUGAAGUAUUUUAACAAAUACAAGCUGACUGACAUGUUUCUAAAGGUUGAAUAUAGAAAGAUGCAACCCCUUCUAGAUGCUACUGCAAAGAUUGCCAAAGAAUAUGUUAAUAAGAUUCUCAAAACAGAUAAUGAUAAACUCACAGUUGAAAAAACCAUUACAUAUUUGGACAAAAUCGGCAAACGUCUAAAGCAGUUUUUGAAACAGUUGCCAGAAUUGGAAACAAUGAGGAUACAUCUUUUAAACAUCAUGCUGCAGAAUAUUUCCAAGGUUGUGCUUGAAGUGGCAGAUGAGAGUUUCAAAACCAUACAUAAAGCUUUCACAAUGAAUAUCAACCGGAAUCUUCAAUUCCUUUCAUUUGGGAUAGGACGAGUGGGACUCACGUACAUGAAUGAUGAUUUUGUUAAAAGUCUUAAAAUAAUGAAAGACUAUAGAAAGAAAUUCAACAAAUUGUUCAAGACAAUACCAGGGUUGAAAGAAAUGAAAGAGGUGAAAAGAUUACAACAAAAACUGAAGCAAUUUUACAUGGGGACUAAGAAGCUUCAAAAAUCUUCAAACUGGAUUGUCAAGACCAUCCUACAGUUAAAGAUUCCUGAUGGUAUAGCAAGCAUUGGGUCUAAAAAUUGCAAUGCCGAGUCCAAAGGGGUUAAUCUUAUAAGAACAGAUGACGGUGCAAGUUUUCUAGCAGUAUGUGACUCAGAAUGGCUUGUUGUCGCCCAGAGGUUUGAUGGAAGUGUUAACUUCACAAGGCACUAUGAAGAUUAUAGUAUUGGCUUCGGCGAUCCCCCUUCAGAGUACUUCAUUGGACUGGAUAAUUUUGUCUCUGCAGCCUCACAGGAUAUGUAUAUGUUGCGUUUUGAGUUGACAACAUGGGAAAAUGAAACCAGAACAGCUGAUUACUUGAGAUUUGAUGUAACACCUUUAGAUUAUGCUGAUCCAGAAAUGUAUAAACCCUCCUGGUAUAGUUUAAGAGUACUGAAUUUUCAUGGCACAGCUGGGAAUUCCCUUUAUUUUCAAGACCAAUAUGAUGAAUAUGCCCAUUUUAAUCCAUUUUCGAAGACAGGGGAAUGUUUUGAAGAACAAGAGAAAGGAUGGUGGUGGGGCUACUGUGGUAAAGCUAAUUUAUUCGGACGAUAUAACCAUGGCCCUGAAUGUGAUAAAGCAAUGGCCUGUAUGAGUUGGCAAGCAUGGCCAGACAAACUUUU